AUACUAAUUUACAGACUCGACAACAACCCAAGCACGUUCGUUAACUCAGCACUGUUUUGCUCUAACUGGUACACGGACGACAAAGCCACCCUGUGGCCAUCGUUGGAAUUACGAAUUUCAUUUACACCUCCAUGUCCGUGUUCUGCUUGGCAGGCCGUAUUUGAUCGUAGAUAUGGUUUCUGCAGAUAUUUGUUUGACCAAUCAGAGCUGUCUGUGCAGAAUAGUAUUUUCUUUGGUUUCAUAUUCCCAUACUGCCAACAACACCGAUGGCUGUUUUUCGGGGGUGGCUACAGGUGUACGUACUUCUUUGGGCUUCUACCUGGCUACGUAAUCGACUUAUGGUGGAGUUCUCAUUAUGAAGCGUAUACCUCCUCCUAUCAACAGUGGCUUGCAAAUGACGUGCUCCCAAGGUAUCACUGCUGCCAAGUAGCUGAUGGAGAUUUCUGUGAUAUGUACGAGGAAAGACGCCCUCCUUCGACAUGCUCACGAUAUAGACCUCCGCGAAUUGCAUGGUUCUGGGGCGACCCCCACAUCAAUACAUUGGAUGGAAGAAUGUAUACUUUCAAUGGUCUUGGGGAGUACACUAUGUUGGAGUACAAUAACAACGAUACAUUCGUUCUGCAGGCCAGGACUGGCAAAGCCUUCAAUAAUAGCAAGCCCAUCGAAACAGGAACUGUCUUUACCGGAUUCGCUGCUACACAGGGCAUCACAGUGGUGGAGUUUUCCCUGAAUGACAACAGAACUGACAUGAGGAUCCUCAUUAACAGAACCGAAGAGAUAACUGACUUGACUGAGUUAGAAGGAGACGGCUUUGCCUCCGCAGAUUCUUCAUUUUCUUUAACGCGUGAGAAUGGAACCACUGUGGACGAAAUCAAGGUCAAUGCUUACUUUCAGGUUGGUAACACACCCGCUACGUCUUUCACCGUUACCUUUUCUAACGGGAUUCUUCUCGUGACCAUCGAAGCACCGCCGGAAUACGAUGAAGAUGGACCUGGCAGAGGUCUUCUAGGUAAUAUGAAUGGCGAUAGUUCAGAUGAUUUCCUGCUCCGAAAUGGCACUACUCUUGAGGAUUCGCUAGCCACAAACCUCACGGACAAGGAGAUAUUUGACUUCGGACAGUCAUGGCAAGCCAGCGAGGCCGAGUCCCUCUUCGAGUACGGCGAGAGGAACUGGACCUAUUACAACCCGGCAAACUACACACCGAUAUUCCUGAGUGAACUCAUGGCUCAGGACUCCGAGCGGACAGCUGCUGCAAGGCAGGCGUGCGGUGACGAUGAAAUGUGCUUGUUUGACUACCUUGCCGUAAGCCCAGAACUGGGAGCAAUGACUAUGGAGGCCGGGAAUACAUUUGAUGACAACCUUGCCAACCUAGACAAUUUCCCGCCGAACGUAACUAUGAUCACUGAUCCCAACAAUGUUCUUCAAAACAAAGUACUUUGUGUAGAGGUUAACGUAACUGUUCAGCUGACGUUAACGGCUGAAGAUCCUAAUGACGGGGAUAUGGUCAAUUUUACUUUAGCCGACUCUGUUCCCGAUGGUGUAGCUAUCAGCUCUGAGGGCUUAUUUGAAUGGACACCAUCGAGUCUCGAUGUAUCAAGGAUUGAAGUCGUGGUCAGUGAUGGCCGAGGUGCGCAAUCGGUGGUCUCCUUUAAGGUCAAAAUAUGCGAAUGCAUGAACGAGGGAGUAUGUGACUUCCAGACUCUAGCCGUAGGCCAGAAUCUCAACGCUAAUGGAUCCGCGGUUGUCGUGUGCAAUUGUACCAUCGGGUGGUCAGGUGACCAUUGUGAUGUAGAAUUUGACGCAUGUGCAGAGUCUCCCUGCUACGAUAGUGUACUAUGUAUGGACAACCCUGCUGGGGUGACGCCUGACUUUCAGUGUGGUGCCUGCCCGCCAGGCCUGCAGGGUGACGGGGAAACAUGCUAUGAUAUCAACGAAUGUGAAAGCAACACGACCAACGACUGUGAUCAGACCUGCCACAACAUCCUCUAUGGGUACUACUGUUCUUGCGACGUUGGAUUUACUCUUUCUCUGGAUACACGUGCAUGUAUAGACAACGCAGGUUGUACGCCCGCUGCAAUGAGCAAUACUGGUUCUCCGAAUUGUACAUGUGCCCCUGGUAACGAGUUUGAUAAUGGAACCUGUUCAGAUUUCGACGAAUGUUUGGGAGAAGUUGAUGACUGCCCUGAGGUUUCAACAUGUAUAAAUACAGACGGGGGUUACUUUUGUAGCUGCAUUGAUGGAUAUAAUACAGUCAACGAAACAAAGUCAUGCGAAGAUAUCGAUGAGUGUGCAACUAGCAACCACAUGUGCAACGAAAGUUUGAAUCGUGUGUGCAUGAACACCGUGGGGAACCACACCUGUAUCUGUAAUACGAGUUAUGCCCUUGUCGACGGAUCAUGCGAAUCUGCUUACUCGUACACUCUGGAACUGAGGUUUGACUUCAUCAACGACAUAGCAAUCAAGCAUUAUACAGACACUGCACAAAACCAAAACCGACUAGCCGAACAGGUGUUUGACCAGCUUAACAGUACAUCUGUUAUAGAAGAUGGGAAACUCGCAGAUGUUUUUGUGACUAAUUAUACCGUGGUCGGUGGCAACGCUUUCGUCGAGUUCCGGAUCGAUUCGUUCAACUCUAUGCUGGACGCGGCUAUUUUAGAGUCGGUGUUCUCUGAUUCCCUUCCCCCUAGUCGAGUAUUUGGCUCGAAUAAUCGGAUCGUCGCAGAAGACGUCAACGAGUGCUUAGAGUUUCCCGAUGCUUGCCGUAACGGGAAUUGUACGAACAUAUACGGGAGUUUCUAUUGCACGUGUAACGACGGCUUCAAGGGAACGGGUACGGAUUCUUGCGAAGAUAUAAACGAAUGUGUGCAGGGGGCGAAUGACUGCCAGCAAAUAUGUUACAACGAGGAGGGUGGAUACUCAUGUGCGUGCUGGAAUGGAUACGAGAUGGAUGGUAGCGGAUUUAAUUGCACGGAUGUUGACGAAUGCUCCAGGAAUUCAUCGGCCUGUGAAAAUGGAAUGUGUAUGAACCUGGUCGGCUCUUUCAACUGUUCAUGUAACUCUGGAUAUGAAAUAAGCAAUGACAACAUUACUUGCAGUGAUAUUAACGAAUGCUCUGCGAUUCCAUCCGUCUGUGAUUCUGAAAAUGGAGUGUGUACGAACUUAAUGGGCUCUUACAACUGCUCAUGUACCCCUGGAUAUGAAUUAAGCACCGAUGGUAUUACGUGCAAUGUGACAUCAAGUGCCACAACUAUGCAGCCUGAAACAACACCUAGUGCCACCUCACAAAUUGUUUCAUCAAGUGCCACAACCAUGCAGCCUGAAAUAACACCUAGUGCCACCUCACAAAUUGUGUCAUCAAGUGCCACAACCAUGCAGCCAGAAACAACACCUAGUACCACCAUACAAUUUGAUGUUGGAAUUUUCAUUUUCGUCACCUUCGAGAACAUAUUCCAGAACGAUCUUGCAGACCCAUUGUCUACUGCGUUCAUCAAUUUGGCAAAUGCUCUCUGCAACCGUUUGACCGAGUAUUUCAGGAACCUGACAAGUGGCGAUAUCACGUGCGUCGUACUACGGUUUACAAGCGGCAGUAUAGUGGCAGAUGUUAACCUGACCUUCCCUGCUAACGACGCCUCCCAGGCACAGAACAUCAUUGAUAAUGUCGGAAACGUUACCGCGGUGGAUAUAGGAAACAUUAUAGUCAACAAUGAAAUAUACAUCACAAUCGCCGUCAACUCAAAUGGUAAAAUGUGACGCACGCGGUAAACC